CGCCCGUUAAGGGUGGCGGUCUACAGUUAACGUGGCUGAACCGUGUCGCGCCCGUGUCGAGUGUCACGGGAGACCCUUCUCUAUGCGGUUAAUUAACUCCUAUUUAACCGACCAUUAAGGAAUUAAGCACGAUUAAGAAGGAAUAAUCUUGUGGUUGUUACCCGAGGACGAGACGAUCCCUUUGCCCACGGCGAUCCAACAAAACUAGGGUUUCGAGCAUCCGCCAUUGGAAGACCUUUGAAUCGACUUCCCUUCCUUGCCUCCGAUCUCUCUCUUUCCCCGCGUUUCGGCCUUCUAAUUUGAUCACAUUCGUUGGUCGUUUUGAUUCUUUUGGCUUCGGUUUUGGGGGGAUUCGACGGUGCGACGAUGCCCCCUGCCGACCUGCAAGGCUCAUCGGCUCCUUUCGCUUUCGGCGCCCUCUCUAUCCUGAGCUUCCGGCGCGACCAGCCACUGAUGGACGCCUACUUCCACGGCCACGACGCCGGCGGAGAGCAAAGGGAGCUUGUCGCCUUCCAGCGCCAGAUCGCCGACCUCUUCCAGGACCUGGCGUCCGGGGAUGACGACGUCCUCUCUAUUUCCUGGGUGCGGCGGCUCCUCGACACCUUCCUCAUGUGCCAGGAGGAGUUCCGCAUGAUCCUCUUCGGAUACCGUAGCCCUUCGGACCCUGUCGACCGCCUCGUAUCCGAUUUCUUCGACCGCGCCGUGAAGGCGCUUGACAUCUGCAACGCCGUGCGCGAUGGCAUCGAGCAGAUCCGGCACUGGCGAAUGCACCUCGAGAUCGUGCUGGAGGCCCUCGGACCGCAGCAACGGCCCCUCGGCGAGGGACAUCUCCGCCGGGCCAAGAAGGCACUAAUCGAACUCGCCAUCCUCAUGCUCGACGACAAGGACGCCGGCUCGGUCCUCUCCCACCGCAACCUGUCCUUCGGCCGCAACGGAGGCUCGUCAUCUUCCUCGUCGAACGACCGCAGCGCCCACUUCCGCUCCCGCUCCUGGAGCAUCUCCCGGUCCUGGUCCGCGGCGCGGCAGCUGCAGGCCAUCGGGAGCAACAUGGCCGCGCCUCGAGGCCACGAGGUCAUCGCCGUGCCGGUGUACACGAUGAGCUCGGUGCUCCUCUUCGUGAUGUGGGCACUCGUGGCCGCCAUCCCGUGCCAGGAUCGCGGUCUCCAGGUCCACUUCUCCAUCCCGCGCAGCUUCCCGUGGGCGGCCCCGAUCACGUCGCUCCACGAGAGGAUCAUGGAGGAGUCCAAGAAGAAGGACAGGAAGAACUCCGUCGGGCUGUUGAAGGAGAUUCACCACAUCGAGGAAUGCGUGCACCACCUGCUGGACCUGAUGGACGCCGUCGGGUUCCCGAUGGCGGAGGACACGGAGGCAGAGCUCAGGCAGGGGGUGCAGGAGCUGGCCCAAGUCUGCGAGGCUCUGAAGGACGGCCUCGAUCCCCUGGAGCGCCAGCUCAGGGAAGUAUUCCUUCGGAUCGUACGAAGCCGCAGCGAGCGGGUGGAUGGCACACUGAACGAUGCCGAAUGAGAUCAUCACGUCGAGAUCUCCUCUGAAGUGGAACUAUUAUAGGUGUGGAUUCUAAGCUGCAUGUGGAAACAGAAGAAGCGCAUGCCUUCUUCUUCCUGCAAACAAAUUGCUGCUGGUAGUGCUGUUGAAAUUACCAACUUACGUUCUGUAAAAUAGAAAAAGGUCGAAUUUUGUGAUCAUGAUGACGCUGUUAUGUUAUAUUAUAGUGUCUUCGGUGUACAUUUUUUUUUGGUUCAUCCAAAUCUACUACCAUUCUCGGACAUAAUGCAUCAAAAUUUUCUA